AUGAUUUUGGAAGACAUAUGGGCCGGUUCAAAUGGUCACGUACAAAUGCAGCGUGAACCGAGUGGUCAUCCUCAAACAGGUAUCCAAAUGGGAGGUCGACAAUAUCAGGCUCUUCAUCUUAUGGCCUUGACGAAGAAGGCCGGUCUUGUCAUUGCUUCGUGCGUCUCUCACCUUCGGCAUUGCUUGGUCUUCUGCGGCCCGCCAUUUUUACAAAAUACCUACAAUGAAAGUGGAAACAUAAGACAAGAAAGUUGUUUGCUGGUGUGUUGGUUCACAGCUGCUGCUCUUGAAAUCUUCAGGAAUUAUGCGACUUGGGACCCUGAAACUCUUAGCUCCAAUGGUGGAAACUUCACCUUGGGGUUCUUCAGCUCUGACUCUACAAAUCGCUAUGUAGGAAUUUGGUGGAAGUUCAACCUCACUGUCACAUGGGUGGCUAAUAGAAACCAACCACUGAAUGAUUCUUCUGGGGUUGUUACAAUAUCUGAAGACGGCAAUCUUGUGGUAUUGAAUGGGAAGAAACAGGUUGUUUGGUCAUCAAAUGUGUCCAAUAUUGCAUCCAAUUCUACUUUCCAACUUUCAGAUUAUGGAAGCCUUCUCUUGCUGGAUAACACAACAGGAAACACCAUAUGGGAGAGUUUCAACAAUCCCUCAAAUACUUUGUUACCCCGUAUGAAAAUUAGAAGCAACAAAAUAACAGGUGACAAAUUAGAACUUACAUCAUGGAAAAGCCUUUCUGAUCCAUCCAUUGGAAGCUUUUCUGCUAGUGUUGAACGCCUACAGAUUCCUGAAGUGUUCAUUUGGAAUGGAACUCAACCAUACUGGCGCAGUGGUCCAUGGAAUGGUCAACUUUUUCUAGGGAUACCAAACAUGGGAACUUCGUAUCUUAGUGGUUUUCAAGUUCAAGAUGAUGGGAAUGGAACCAUUGAUGUAUCUUUUACAGCAUAUGGGAUGGGACCCUUAAUGUAUACCUUGAAUUCCCAAGGCCAAUUGGUGGAAAAUCAUUGGUAUGAUGAGCAAUGGCAAGUUCCAUGGACUAAUCACCAAUCAGAUUGUGAUGUUUAUGGUAUAUGUGGGGCAUUUGCAAGCUGUAAUUCAGAGAGUUCGCCAAUAUGUAGCUGUUUGAUAGGGUUUGAGCCAAGAAACAAAGAGGAAUGGAAUAGACAAAACUGGACUAAUGGAUGUGUUAGAAGCACACCUCUGCAAUGUGAAAGGACCAACAAUCAAAACACAAGUGUGGACAGCAAUAAAGCAGAUGGGUUUUUGACAUUGCAGAUGAUCAAAGUUCCUGAUUUUGCACAAGGGUCAUCAUCUGUUACACAAGACACAUGCAGAAGCGGGUGCUUGGAGAAUUGCUCUUGCAUUGCAUAUGCAUAUGAUAAUGCAAUUGGCUGUAUGUCUUGGAAUAGGGAUCUAAUUGAUAUUCAACAAUUCCCAAGUGGAGGAACUGAUCUAUACAUUCGUGUAGCCAAUACAGAACUUGGUAUGCCAGACAAAGGGCGAAACAUAAAAGUCAUCAUUAUAGUUACAGUGGUAAUAGCAACUUUCAUAAUUUUCACUUGUGCGUAUGUCAUUUGGAGAAGGAAAAAGAAGAAUUCUCCAAUUAUUCGAUUUAACAAAGGUGUAACAUCUAAAUCUAAAGAACUCGCAAAUGACAAAGUAAUUGGAGAAUUAUCACAAGCUAAGCUACAGGAGCUAUUACAAUUUAGCUUUGAAAAGCUUGCAAGUGCCACAAACUACUUCCACUCAUCCAACAAACUUGGCCAGGGUGGUUUCGGUCCAGUAUACAAGGGGAAACUGCAAGAUGGUAAGGAAAUAGCAGUUAAAAGACUUUCCAGAGCAUCUGGACAAGGUCUAGAAGAAUUCAUGAAUGAAGUUUUGGUAAUUUCUAAACUUCAACACCGCAAUCUUGUAAAACUUCUUGGCUGCUGUAUUGAAGGAGAAGAAAAGAUGCUGAUAUAUGAGUACAUGCCAAAUAGAAGUUUGGAUGCAUAUGUGUUUGAUCCAUCAAAAAAUGAACUCCUAGAUUGGAGAAAGCGCUUUAGCAUAAUAGAAGGAAUAGCUAGAGGGUUGCUUUAUCUUCAUAGAGAUUCAAGGCUAAAAAUCAUACAUAGAGAUUUGAAGGCAAGUAAUAUCUUGCUAGAUGAGGAACUAAAUCCAAAAAUAUCAGACUUUGGUAUGGCAAGAAUCUUUGGAGGGAGUGAAGAUCAAGCCAAUACCCAAAGGGUUGUGGGAACCUAUGGCUAUAUGUCUCCUGAAUAUGCAAUGCAAGGACAGUUUUCUGAAAAAUCAGAUGUCUUUAGCUUUGGAGUUUUGCUACUGGAGAUUGUUUGUGGAAGACGAAACUCAAGCUUUUAUGACAAUGAAAAUUCUCUUACCCUCUUGGGACUUGUCUGGAUACAAUGGAAGGAAGAAAAUGUUUUAUCUUUAGUAGAUCCAGGAAUAUAUGAUCCUAGCCUUGAAAAGAAAAUUAUGAGGUGCAUACACAUAGGACUUUUGUGUGUACAAGAAUUUGCAACAGACAGGCCCAAUAUGGCUGCAGUAAUUUCUAUGCUUAACAGUGAGAUUGUGGAUCUUCCUCCUCCAAGGCAACCUGCCUUCAUCCUGAGGCAGAAUAUGCUUAGUUCACUAUCCUCUGAUGAAAGCCUUAGAUUGCAUUCCAUCAACAAUGUCAGUAUUACAGACAUCCAUGGCAGAUAGCAAACUUGGAGCUCUGAGUAAACAAUUCAAAGCCAGUGCUGACAAUACCGAAAUCGUUAAGAUUGUUGGAACUUUGUAUGGAUGUCUUUUUCAUUAAUAGAGAAUGAGGUACCAGAUGCUUUAAGGCUCUCUAACUAGUGAUAGACCAGAUGCCAGAUGCUUUAAGGCCAACCGACCGGAUGCCAGUGCAAGCAUUUACACACCAAACUUCAUGUAACAUUCUAAUUUAUUUGAGUUGUCGCGAUGGUUUCCUUUAGCGACUAGAAUCAUAGUGUUAUGGAGCGGCUUCAAAUAAAUUGUAAAUCUUGGAUGAUACAGAGUUCGGACAAUAAUAUAGAUUCUGGUGGUUGCGAGCUUUAUGCCAACGAUGCUAUUUUGGGGGGAAGUUUAUGGUGGGAGAUGAUAGUGUGUGACAAUAUCCAAUCAAUCACUGAAUGCGAACUGUAUGGUUUAAAGCACUCCUUCUGGGUUUUACUUGGGUUAUUCACAGUUUGAGAGAGUACUUGGAAAAGGCUUCUUGACUCGUGUGCUCAGAAUAAAGGUCUACUGAGCAUACUAUUGUCCGACCAAAAAAGAGUAAUAUCAUGGUCAUCAAAUUAUAAUAUUUAAUGUUACACUCCUCUCCCCCCGAUGAUAUGUUGACUUUUUGGUUAGAAUUUAGCUCCAAUUUGUU